GGGAAUCGGAGCGCGCGCUGGAGCCGCUGAAUGACCGCGUCCCUGCAGCUUUCCUCUGUCUUUGGAAGAAGAACGGUGCCCACGACGGGGGAGGAUGAAGGUCAUCACUUGCGAGAUCGCCUGGCACAACAAGGAGCCGGUGUACAGCCUGGACUUCCAGCACGGCGCGGCCGGGAGGGUGCACAGGCUGGCGUCCGCGGGCGUGGACACCGCCGUGAGGGUCUGGAAGGUGGAAAAAGGGCCGGAUGGGAAGGCCAUUGUUGAGUUCCUGUCCAAUCUCGCCCGCCACACCAAAGCUGUCAACGUCGUGCGCUUCUCUCCCCAUGGGGAGAUCUUGGCAUCCGGAGGAGACGAUGCGGUCAUUCUGCUGUGGAAGGUCAACGACAGCAAGGAGCCCGAGCAGCUGGCCUUUCCGGACGAGGACGAGGCGGAGCUGAACAAGGAGCACUGGACGGUGGUGAAGACGCUGAGGGGCCACCUGGAAGAUGUGUACGACAUCUGCUGGGCCACCGAUGGCAACUUGAUGGCUUCCGCCUCCGUGGACAACACGGCCAUCAUCUGGGACGUCAGUAAAGGACAGAAGAUCUCGAUUUUUAAUGAACAUAAAAGUUACGUACAGGGAGUUACCUGGGAUCCUUUGGGCCAGUACAUCGCGACCCUGAGCUGUGAUCGGACCCUGAGGGUGUACAGCACCCAGAAGAAGCGCGUGGCUUUCAACGUGUCCAAGAUGCUGGCGGGCGCGGGCGCCGAGGGAGAGGCCAGAAGUUACCGGAUGUUCCACGACGACAGCAUGAAGUCGUUCUUCCGGAGACUGAGCUUCACCCCCGACGGCUCCCUGCUGCUCACCCCAGCCGGAUGCGUGGAGUCCGGCGAAAACGUAACCAACACCACGUACCUCUUCUCCAGGAAGAAUCUGAAACGGCCUGUGGCACAUCUCCCGUGUCCCGGAAAAGCCACGCUUGCUGUCCGCUGCUGCCCCGUCUACUUUGAGCUGAGGCCGGAGGCGGAAACAGACGGCCCGGCCCGGGGGCCGCUGGUGCGCCUGCCCUACCGCGUGGUGUUCGCCGUGGCUUCCGAGGACUCCGUGCUGUUCUACGACACCCAGCAGCUCUUCCCUUUCGGCUACGUGUCCAACAUCCACUACCACACCCUGAGCGACAUCUCCUGGUCCAGCGACGGGGCCUUCCUGGCCAUUUCCUCCACCGACGGCUACUGCUCCUUCGUGACCUUCGAGAAGGGGGAGCUGGGAGCACCUCUCAAAGGGAAGCCGGACCUGAGCACGAGAGCUCCCGACACCCCGAAGAAGGCCAAGCGUCAGACCCAACAGGGGUCCUCGCCGGGGCCCAGGCUGGGGGAGGGCACCCCGGCCGGCAGAAGCCCAGACCCCGGCAGCCCCUGCCCAGCACCCGCUCCGGGGAAGCCGGCCGCAGCCCCAGCGCCCAAGGACUCGCCCUCCACGGCUGCCACCGCCAGGGGCGCGGCGCCCGGGCCCGCGGAGGAGAAGAGCCCGCCCGGCAGUCAGACCGGGAAGGCGCCCCCGCCCCGGAGGGUCACCCUGCACACCCUGCAGGCCUGGAGCAAGGCUCCCCGGAGAGUGAACGUGAUGCCCUUAAAGACGGACGCCCCGAGUUCUGCGCCAGGCGCUGUGGUUUCCACGCCUCCCCCGGAGGCCCCGCCAGCCUUGCCGGUCAACGCUUCAGAGCCGCCCGGAGACAUGCAGGUCAGCCCCCCGGAGCGGAAGCGGCCCAGGCCCGGGGCGGACAGAGGCGGCGCCCAGGGGCCGGAGCCGGGGGGAGACCUGGCUUGUGCUUGAAGGCUGCUCGGCUGGGGACCCCAUCGCUCAGGGAAGGGCCGAAGACCCCAGGCCACGGCGUCAGAGGAGCCCAGCGGGCACCCACCCUGAUUUCUGGACCACGCUGCCCGUGGCCGGGCGUCCCCCGCGGAGGGUCUGCUCCCGCCUCCGUGUGAGCUUCCCUGGGACCCGGCCUGACCCCGGGCCAGGCCUCCCCCGACGCCUUCCCGGAGCUGGACCCGCUGAGCGCCGUCCGUGUGACCACCACGCUCCCCCCUGAAGCCCUGCGGACGUGCAGACCCUCCCGGGGGCCUGGUGGGUUCCGGGGUGUUUGAAUGGUUAUUAGAUUUGCCUUGUAAAUAGGGGGUCAGUUUUUGGAAGUUUGUUCUGUUUGCGUUCUGAUUUUAAAGGUAAUAAUGCUCAUUCUAGACAGUUAGGAAGCCGGCGUGAAGGGAAAAGCCGGCUGCGGGGAGGCAGCUUCGUCCUCCCAUCCCCUGCUUUGGCAUAAAAAGAAGGGGUUUUACUCUUUUUUAAGGGGAGA